AUGGCCGGAGACGACAAGUCGAGUGAAGAUGCCUCUGAUAAAUCCUUCAAAUGUUGCGUUAAACAAAAGGUUAAAAUUGCAGUGUGUGUUACAUGUGGAAAUGUUUUCCACAGAAGUUGUUUAGAGCGUGUAAAAAGUUAUGUGACAAUAGAUGAAACUCGUAUUAUUUGUUGUCAAAGUGAAGAAGCUGGAAAACAACCUGGACUAAUUAACAGUAAGUCUUUGGACCCAAUAUAUGCAAAAAUCAUUAGCGAUGAAAUCAUCACACAUUUGAGAAAUGAAAUAAGUUUACUAAGAACAAUUAUUCAAGAGAAAGAUGAAAAAUAUGCAGUCAUGCUCGAAAAUAAACAUCUAUUGAAUGAAAAAGUUGGUAUCUUAUCAGACAAAAACCAAGUCUUACAAAAACACCAUGAGGAUUGUUCACUGAUACAAAUAGAUAAGGCAAAUCCAGCAAAAAAACGUGGAAUACCAGACAGAAUGACUAAUGAAGAUAAAUCCAAGCAGGAUAAAAAAUGCCAAGAACCAGCAGCAGAUAUGAUUGUAUUUCAAUCCACAUCAUUAGAGAGGGAAAUAAAAUCGGACAUUCAGCAGCCAAUCACAAAAAAUGACGUAUUUUCUGCAGUAACUAGGGCACAAGAUAAAUCAAAACUUGAGAAAUACAUUAAUCUGGAAAAUGAUGCACCAUCAGCAUCAAACUCCAGAAAAGAUGAUUGGACUGAAGUAGUAAGGAGAAAACCCAAAAGAAACUGUAUUAUUGGCAAAAAUGAGGAAUCCCUUAAAGGCGUUCCUAAGAACAUAACUCUUCAUGUUUGCAGAUUGAAUCCCCAAACAACUACUGAAGACUUGACAAAUUUGUUGAUAAGAAAUUUUCCUGAAGUGAAAUGUGAAGCUCUUAAUUCGAGAUUUCCAACACUGUAUUCAUCUUAUAAGGUAACACUAUUUGAAACUAAUUUCAAAAAAGCCAUGAAUCCAGAAGUGUGGCCUUUUGGUGCUUGUAUAAGUCGUUUUUUUGUGAAACGCAGGGGGACCACUACAACAACGUAA